AUGUACUGUGCUUUAUGUCAGCAGCAUAAAGUGGACUUAGGAGAAGUUGAACACAAUUUUUGCUCCGGGACAGACGAUUUCAGGCUCGAAUUAGUGGCUGAGCAUGAAAGCAGCGAAGCUCACGCUUGGGCAACGUGCAUGGAAGCAGCUAGCUCCUCUGUUCCAGACCCAACCACCACUGAAGAGAUAUUAAAGAAUAUGAGUAAAACAACCUUAGGAAGAAUAGAGAAUCUCUUCAGAACCUGCCAUGCUAUUGCCAAGACCGGACGCCCCCUCACAGACCUGGACUGGAUGUGCAAGCUGGAUGAUAUGAAAGGUGUGGAUAUCGGCUCUGUAUUCAGGAACGACAAGGCAGCAAGAAUCUUUAUUCAUUUCAUUGCUGAAGUGGAGCGAAGGGCCUUGAAGGAGAAACUGGAACAAUGCAAGUUCUUCUCGCUCAUCAGCGAUGGUGUCAAAGACCACACAAGCAUGGAAGCUGCCCUUGUUUACGUGCGCUUUGCCGACCAAGGGAAGGUCCAGUGCCAGAUCGUUGGGGUUCAGUCGGUCGACCCGUACGAGGCUUCAGCGGUGAAAAACGCCAUUUUGAAAAUAUUACAGACCAAUCUGCAGCUCCAUCUGCCGAGCCAAGACUGGGCAAGGAAGUUAGUUGGCUUUGGAAGUGAUGGCGCAGAAGUCAUGGUAGGACAAAAUAACGGGGUGGCUAAACUUUUGAAAGAAAUCCAGCCAUGCGUUCAGAGCGUACAUUGUCUUGUUCAUCGACUUGAAAUGGCCUACGAGGAGACCUUGAAGAGCAUCCACCUGUGCACUGUCCUUGUGGGGCUCUUGCAAAACAUGUACUAUUUUUAUCAAAACUCCCCCCUGAAUAAUAGCAAUCUCAAGCGAAUAUAUGAAGCCCUCAAACUGAGACCAGCUGUUCCGUCUCGAGUUGGUGGUUCCCAUUGGCUCCUUCGCCUACAGACUGCCCUUCAAAUUCUGCUUAAAGGGUACGCUGCAAUUAUGCUACACAUGACUGAGGUACAAGAAGAGCCAUGUUCUUCAAAUCACCAGAAAGCAAAAGACCUUUUAAAUCUCCUUCUGAGAAAAGACAUUGUUACAUUUUCCCAUUUCUUGCUGGAUGUCAUCAACGUCCUCAACAUCCUAUCUCGGGUGGCCCAGGAUCAGUACGCUUCCAUUGCAGACAUUUUUGCGACUAUUCAAUCAACACAGGAAACCCUCCAAAUGUAUCGAGCAAGGUCUGGUCCCAGGGAGCGCCUAGUGGAGACCACAACGCACUUUCACGGUCACCAGCUAAUUGGCGAUGGCAAUAUAAAGCAAGUCCGAACAGAACUGUUAAGCAGUCUUUUGAACCAUCUGCGCGAUUGCUUUUGUGACGCUAGCGAGGAAGUUUUGAGAGCAAGUACUAUUGGAAGUUUUAAACUGUGGCCUGACCAAAUUGUGCAAGAAUUUGGUGAGAUUGAAGUGUCUGUCUUGACCAAGUAUUAUGAACCAAUAUUGGAAUGUGCUGGUGUGAAGGUCGAUGAAGUCGAGACUGAAUGGACCAUGCUGAAAGCAGAGCUGUAUAAUAGAUAUCCGAAUGUUCGAAGGAUAACAUGGGAUUCGGUGAAUUUGGAUUAUUCUCACAAAUACCCAAACAUCUUGGCACUGGUGGAUCUGGUCUUGACACUGCCGGCAAGUUCCAGCGAGGCAGCCCGCGGCUUCGGUCAGAUGAAGCUUACCAUGAUGCAGCAUAGUCCAAAGCUGAUCUUCGAAAGCAUGACUGACCUCAUGAUCAUUCAGAUGAAUACUCCAGAUAUCCCAGAUUUUGACCCCCAGAAGGCCAUUCAGUUGUGGAACAUCUCUUGGCAGAGGAACAGAAAAACGGAGGGCAACCAAUGGAUGGCUACUCGGGAGAGAUCAGAGUGUUCAUCUGACUCUGAUUGGGAAAGUUUAUUUGGAAGUGAUUAGAACGGGGACACACUCUCCAUCUUAGCAGUGUCCUUCGGAGGGGGAAAGUGUUUAUUAGACAAUAGCUAAAUAA